GACAGCUCCAGCUUUCGAUGCCAAGCACUCACAACAAGAGUCACCCAAGAACCCCUCCAUCAUCAUCAUCAUCAUCAUCAUCAUAAUGUCGUCGUCGGCGUUUUCAUCAUCAUCCACGUUUCCUCCCUCUUUUUAUACGAGCUCCUCUCCCCCAAAGCAACCCCGUUCUUCUUCACAGAGAAAUCUUUCUCCUAUUUCCGUACCAAAACCGCCAUGCCCAUAAGCCUCCAAUCCCACGCCUUUGCAGGCAAUCCUCUUAGGUCUAAAACACCCCAACCAACCCACCCAUUAUCACCUGCCUUAGCCCUUGAAACCCUCAAAACUCAACUUGUAGACAAUUCCCACCAAUCCUCUUCUCUUAAUUUCAAGGUUCUACCCUUUAGGAAGGGUAGGCCUUUGGCGUCCUCCACUAGCACCGAUGCUGAUUUGGGGCCCACGUGGCAUCUGGGCUGGAUCAGUUUGGCUGAUUGUAAAGGUUUAUUUUCUGCUUCUGGGGUUGAAUUCACCGGAGACAGCUUGUUUUAUCUGGGUUCAAGCUCUGAACAAGAUGUGGAUGUGGUUUAUUGGGCAAUUGAUGUCUCCGGUGAAAAUAGUUUAUUCACUGAAUUUGAUAGUGAGCAGGUUUGCUUCAUUGAGUUAAGAACACUUAUGGUGGCUACAGAUUGGGCUGAUAAGCAGGCCAUGGUUGAUUUGGCCGUUGCUGGCCAUGCCAAAGCAUUGCUGGAGUGGCAUAACAUCUCACGUUUUUGUGGAUAUUGCGGAGAGAAAACUGUUCCCAUGGAAUCUGGGAGGCGGAAACAAUGCUCAAAUGAGUUGUGCAGAAGGAAAGUUUAUCCUCGUGUGGAUCCAGUUGUCAUCAUGUUAGUUAUUGAUCGAGAAAAUGAUCGUGCCCUUUUAGGCAGACAGUCAAGAUUUGUACCCCGAAUGUGGAGUUGCUUAGCUGGUUUCAUAGAGCCUGGAGAAAGCUUAGAAGAGGCAGUGAGGAGAGAAACAUGGGAAGAGACUGCCAUUGAAGUAGGAGAAGUUAUGUAUCAUAGCUCUCAGCCAUGGCCUGUUGGCCCAAGCAGCAUGCCAUGCCAGCUGAUGGUGGGUUUCUUUGCAUAUGCAAAAUCACUUGAAAUAAAAGUAGACAAGGCAGAGUUGGAAGAUGCUCAAUGGCACAGUAGAGAAGAUGUCCGAAAAGCUUUAAUGUUUGCGGAAUACGAGAAGGCACAAAGAACAGCAGCGGCCAAGGUAGACCAGAUGUGUAGAGGGGUUGAGAAAGGACAGAGUUUAUCAUCAGAUUUUAAUGUAGAAAGUGGGGAACUUGCUCCGAUGUUUUUCCCUGGACCUUUCGCAAUUGCGCAUCGCCUAAUAACUUCCUGGGUAAAUCAAGGUUCAACAUUUGAUGCUCUGCAAUUGAAACAACAACCAAAUAGUUAUCAGUCAAAUUUGUAGCAGUCCCAAGCUAAAAACUUCACUCUUACAGGAAGAGUAUAUUUGAAUUUCAUCAUUCUCUUGUGUUUGUCAAGAGAUUAGAGACAGUAUUUGAUUCUAAUGUGCUCUGUAUUCCAAUAUUCGUUCAAAAUAAAGGAAAGCGACAUCCGUUGAUCUUCUGGGA